CUCUCCCUCUCCCUCUCUAUCACUAUCACCAAGAAACUGAAAUCCAUCUACAAUCCACAACACGCAUCAAGAGACACAUCAGUUAAAGGAGAUCAAACAACAACAGUCUCACCAAAUGAAGGCCAUGGAUGAGAAGAAGGAGACCGAGAAGGGCAAACCGGUGACGAUAAAGGCGCCGAUUCGAGACGAAGAGGGACACAAAAAGGUGGAGAAAGUGGAGCUGGAAGCCCACAAAGUCGACACCCUCAAGUACAUUGAGAAAAAACUUGUCGACAAAGGCGUGCAGAGGAUGGAGCGCCACCCGGCCGACGGUUUGCCUUUUGCUCGGCCUCCGCCGAAGUCGGGACACGGCGGGAAGUACACGUGGGAGGGCCCGGCGGACGAGGCGGAGAACGAGUUGGACCCGGCGCCACCGGCGAUUGAUGAGAAGGAUCCUAACUAUGUCGACGAGGAGGUGGUGAAGGAGGUGGAUGGAGUGGUGGUUGGGGUGGUUGAGGUGCCUAAGGCAGCCAAGGAAGGGGUGUCAAGGAUUGAGAUUGACCCCCACUUAAAGGUGGUUUAAAUUUGACUUGAGACAAAAAAAGAGAAACUAUUUGCACAGAAUUCCGUUCACAAAAUGGAUCAUGAAUUGUGUUUUGUUUGUGAAUCAUUCUGUGAUGGUUUUUGUGCAUGUAGCACAAUUAGAUUGGUUGUUUUUGCUUUUUAUGUAAAAUAAAUUGCGUUUAUAUGAAAGUGUUUUAUAUGUUUUGAUUUUGGAUUUUACAUGAUAGUGUCCAUCAUAUUAAGGAAAUGACACAAAACUAUUAGUUUAUUGGGAAAUUAUCGGAUGUUUCUA